AUGUUCGAGAGACUGAACAACUCCGUCGCGAGGAGCUUCGUUGGACGAUGGUUCAAGUUGGAGGGUUCUGGUGUGCACAAGGAGCGUGUGGGAUCUCGCUUCACGACUGAAAUCCGUGCUGGCCUUACAACAUGGGCCGCCAUGGCGUACAUCAUCUCAGUCAACGCCGCCAUUAUCUCAGAUUCCGGAGGAACCUGCGAAUGCCCAACGAACGACCUUUGUCUGAACGACCAAGCCUACCUCAUGUGCAAGAACGAAAUCCGACAAAACCUUAUCACUGCGACCGCCGCCGUCUCUGCUCUCGCUACCUUCCUCAUGGGCCUCUUGGCUAACCUCCCUGUCGGUUUGGCACCAGGGUUGGGUCUCAAUGCAUAUUUCGCCUAUUCCGUUGUAGGAUUCCACGGUGGAGGUAUUAUCAGUUAUCAAGAGGCCUUGUCUGCCGUUUUCCUGGAAGGAUGGCUUUUCCUGUUCCUCUCUCUUCUCGGUCUCCGACAAUGGCUGGUCCGCAUCAUGCCACAGUCUCUAGUCCUCGCCGUUGGUGCAGGUAUCGGUCUCUUCAUUGCUUUCAUCGGCCUGUCGAGUCAUGGACUAGGCGUGGUCGGUGGCGACACUGUCAAUCUCGUCGCUUUGGGUGGAUGUACACCCGACAACUACCUCAGCGAAGACAUGGCCAACUACUGCACUGGUGGGCAGUUGCGUAGUCCGACGAUGUGGCUGGGUAUCUUCGUUGGCGGUAUUCUCACCUUGCUGAUGUUGAUGUACCGUGUCCGAGGUGCCAUCCUCAUCGGUAUCUUCAUUGUCGCCAUUGUUUCGUGGCCUCGACCGACAGCGGUGACUUACUUCCCGCACACCCCGGCUGGAGACGCUAUGUUCGAUUACUUCAAGCAAGUCGCUGUGUUCCAGCCGCUUGACCGGAUAGGCAACAAGAUUGAUUACAACUAUGGCUCGGGCCAUGUUUGGUAUGCCCUUAUCACCUUCCUCUACGUUGAUAUCCUCGAUACCACCGGAACUCUAUACUCCAUGGCCAAAUUCGCAGGACUUCGCGAUCCGGAAACCCUCGACUUUGAGAACUCCACCAUUGCUUACUGUGUCGACGCCUUUGCCAUCUCGAUGGGAGCUCUCAUGGGUACCAGCCCUGUGACCGCCUACGUUGAGAGUGCUACUGGCAUUUCUGAGGGUGGUAAAACGGGCAUCACUGCACUCGCGACUGGUUUCAUGUUCUUCGUGUCUAUCUUCUUCGCCCCGAUCUUCGCUUCCAUCCCUCCUUGGGCUACGGGAGGCGCUUUGGUCAUCGUAGGAUCUAUGAUGAUUCGCAAUGUCCUCGAAAUCAACUGGGACUACAUCGGCGAUGCCGUCCCUGCUUUCCUCACUCUUAUCAUUAUUCCCUUCACUUUCAACAUCGCAUACGGUGUUAUUGCAGGAAUUUUCUCCUUCAUCAUCCUCAACGGCAUCCCGCUUGUCAUCAGGAAACUUUCCAAGGGCAAGAUCGUCACUGCCAACUACGAGGUUUCCGAGGAAUGGGUCAUCCCUCCUGGAAGCAUCGUUCCUUAUUGGAUGCGCAAAACUGCAAGCUUGGUCAAAAACAGGGGAAAGGGCGGUGCGUCAGGCCCGUCGGACGUGCACCACGACAGUGCUUCUGAAGACAAGGGGUCUGAUGAAGACGAGAAGGGCGAGGUGUCGGCUGCGCCUGUGCCUCUCGCCCCCAGUACUACCCAACUCCAACCCCUCAAUCCAUAA